UGCUGUGUCAAUUUGAGUCUCAGUUUGCGUCCUCGUGUUGUGGCUGUCAGCAGGCAGGCAGCAGGAGCCGGUCCGAUCCGAGUUUUAGGAUUGCUGCACGUGUUUCAUCACUCCAGGGACGUGAGUUUACAUUGCAGUAGUAGAUUUUUUUUUUUUUAAAUUUGGAUCGUGGUGCCACUAGGGAAAACGGCGGACUUCCCAGUAACUUUUCGACACGAGAUUAUUUUGGGUUCACUACCCCAAGAUGUACCCCAAGAAGUCCGCUUUGCUUUUGAUCGUGUUCUAUCUAGUCCGGGUCCUCGAUGCAAAUGAGUGCACGCCGUGCCAUCUCCGGACAUGCCCCGCUAAGGCGACACAAGGCUGUGAUGGUGGUCGGACCAUGGCCAAGGAUCCUUGCGGGUGCUGCGAUCACUGCGCCCGCCUGGAGUGGGAGCCGUGCGGGGGGGCGGACUGGAGUCUCGGCUACUGUUCCCUCGGGCUGACAUGCGCCUCUGUCAACUCUACUGGACCUGCUGCCAUCCCUGAAAUUGGGGUGUGUAAAAUGCUUCCAGACCAUCCAGAGGCCGGCCUGGAAGAUGAGCGAUGCCCGCUGAUGACGGGUUGUGACAGAGAAGAAGGUCAGUGUGUGUGUGAUGCCAGACACACCUGCCUGGCAUCUUUCACCUACCCAGACCAGGAGACCUGCAUGAAGGCCCAUUCAGAGGGUCGGAACCAAGAGCCCCGGGACAGACACAGGCAGAAGUAUGUGGGACCGUCCAACCCGGCCUGCGUGUUCUCUGGAUGUAACCUGACCGCUGGUGGCUGUGUGUGCGAGUCUCAAAGCUGCAGCCACCACUUUGCCUACGUCAACCGCAGCCAAUGCCUGGAAGCCGCAGAGGAGCAAAGGUGUGCCAGCAUUACCUGUCCUGCUCUCCAGGUGUCGUCGUGCCCAAAAGGCUCAGUCCGAACCAAGAGUUACACCCCCCCUGCUGCUUGCUGCCCCUCUGUCCCACCCCAGUGCACCUGUGACUUCGGGGUCUGCCGCCAGCCCAACUGCCCGAGUGGACAACGUGCUGUGCCACUCAGCAAGGCCAGUGGUCAGCCUGGAGACUGCUGUGAUGUCUUUGAAUGCCAAAAAGUCUCCCCUAAGUGUGUCCACAAUGGAAAGGAGUACUCCAACGGCGAAGUGUACCGCAUGGACCCUUGCUGGCUGUGCCAAUGCCGGGGAGGAAUCUCUUUCUGCUCCAAGGCAGAGUGUGCUGAGCUCGACUGUGAGAACUUUUACAUUCCUGAGGGCGAGUGUUGCCCUGUCUGCAUAGAUGUGGAGUUACUGUCAGUGGACAGUACAAAAGCCAGUUGCUGGGUGAACAACAAGCUGCGAGCCCACGAGGAGCAGUGGAAGGAGGACGACUGCACCUUCUGCCAGUGCGUGGAUGGCGAACCUCACUGCACGGCCAUGGCCUGCAAGCAAAGCUGCCAAAAUCCCGUCAAGAUACCCGGAGAAUGUUGCCCCUUCUGUGAAGAACCUUCAUAUGAAACGGUCAGCCCCAUGCUGUGCCCUCCUCUGGAAAACUGUAGCCUUUCUACUGACGACUGUCCUUAUGGCUUCUAUCAAGACAUCAAUGGAUGUCUGCUUUGCCAGUGUCUCAAUAAUGACUCCUGCCCUGACCUGGGAAGAUAUUGUUCCCUGCAAUGCCCAACGGGAUACGAGAGGGAUGACUUUGGUUGUGAAGUGUGCGAGUGCAGCAUCCCCGUGCCCAGGUGUCGACCUUUGACCUGCACGAAGACCUGCCCCUAUGGAUUUGUUCGCAACAAGCACGGCUGUGAGAUGUGUCGCUGCGUCAAGUGUCCCCCCUUUACCUGCGACAAGCACUGCAGCGACGGCUACAAGCAGAACAAGAAGGGCUGCUCCAUCUGCAUGUGUAAAGAUAAUACUCACCCCCCCAGCACCACCGCCUCCAUCCCAGUUCCCAGCUUUUGCCUUACCUCUAAUGGCAAGCGAUACGAAGAAGGGGAAAGCUGGCACGACGGCUGCCGCGACUGCUACUGUCAUUCCGGAAGGGAGAUGUGUGUGCUCAUAUCCUGUCCCGUUCCCAGCUGCUCUCAUCCAGUCGUGAAGUCUGACCAGUGUUGUCCAACAUGUGAAGAUGAGUCGGGUAGUGGUCUGCCGGAGGGGAUGGACAUGGUGGUGUGCAGAGCUCCUGGGGGGGAGUUCUACGUGGAAGGGGAGACCUGGGACCUGGACGAGUGCACACGUUGUACCUGCAGGCAGGGACGCGUGCUGUGCGACACGGAAGUUUGUCCCCCGGCUCUGUGCCAGACACCAACCAAGAACCUGGACACCUGUUGUCAUGUGUGCUUAGAUGAGACACAGAGUCCGUUGCUGCCGGUGAACACCAGCCAGCAGGAGUACUGCAUCACCAACGAAGGAGACGUUCUGCUAGCAGGAGACUCCUGGAAGACCAACGCUUGCACCAGCUGCAUCUGCAACAACGGCACCAUUCAGUGUUUCUCUCAGCGCUGUCCACCUGCCAACUGCAGGGUGCCCGUCUUACGCAAGGGCCAGUGCUGUCCGUACUGUCUCGAAAUGACGACAUCUGCGCCGGUGUUGUUGUCCACCGUCGCUACCAAAACAAGGAUCACCACGAGUGUGCGGCGGGCUGAUGGGAGCGCUGAUGUCACAGAAGCGCCAAUUGUUGCAGACACAGAUGAGCCAAUUUUGGGUGAAAAUUACCCCAACCAAACAGAGAUGGCUCUCAUCUACCAAUCAGCCGCUUGGAUCCUGGCAGGUCUCCUCCUGGCCAUCAUCAUCUUCCUCAUUGUUGCUUUGCUUAUCAACAAGAAAAAGAAGUGGGUGCAGAUGUCUUGCUAUAGCGCUCCAAAGAAGACCGUCAUCCUGAAGCAUGUGAACAAAAACCAGGUGGUGUACAUGGAGCCCUCCAAGGAAAACAAAUUUCAGAACGUGAAGAACGACUGUGGGAUCCAUUUCUCACCCGAGAUGAGUUCUCCCUGUACAGACAAGAUGAUCAUCCCCAGAGCCAAGCUGGCAAACAACUGGACGGCGCGCUAACGUCAAGCAUCAGCAGAUCAGAGCUGUUUGCCACCUUAUGCUCUCUCGUACUGCUGUAUGGAGAUUUAUGCAUACACACACACACACACACACACAGUGGACACAGUCUGCUACACUCUAUGUGACUGGUAAACAAAAGGACACCCCACGAUGGAUAAAGCAACAAUUUAAUGUGACCUUUCUUGUGUGUUUGGACCUUCUCCAGCAUCACUGAUGUAAUGUUCUGGGAGGACACACAUUUACUUGGCUUUACUGCACAAUCACCGAGGGUUCUCCAUCAGACUUUAUCACACACUUUUUUUUUUUUUUACUCCUUUCGGACUAGAAGAGGAGGAAAAAAAAGUUCCCGGAUGAGGGGUUAAGCUUCGAGGUUUACAGAAGUGCUUCGUGGAUGUUGUCAGUACAUUUAGCAGGGAGGGCAAAAGAACUGGUAAUCCACUUGGAGCCACCAAAUUGUAACAGUCCAGCAGGCUUUAUAGACACCCUGCGUUAGAAUGUGUGCUUUCUGUUUAGUUUGUGUAUAUUGAAACUGUACUGUAUUCCUAUUCAUGUUGUUCUAGGCUGACUCUUAUUUUUGUUGAUGUCUGAUUAGGGUGAACAUUUAUGCUGGUCAAAACAUUCCCACCACCUCAUGUACAAAUCUUAUAAAAUCAUCCACAAGGAUUCCUGCUGGAAUAUUCUGAGGAAAAGAGAAACUAAUCGAUUUUCCACGCAAGUUAAACAGAACCAUCCCGCAGAACCUGGUUUUCUAAUUUCAGCCUAUCUGGAAGCUGAAUCAAAGUGCAUCUCGGACGAAUGUUAGGUGCAGAAGAUGAGACAAAAAUGGUGCAGUGGCAGGGCUCCAGAAUGCCCCAAAAUGCUCCAGAAAUUUGAGAGAGUCCAACUCAAUUUUUCAUUAAUCUCAAUAGAUCUAAUCAUUUUUAUAAUUACUUUUGUUGAUGGCAAAUUUCUUCUCCACAGUUCAUCCAGUCUAUUAGUUAUGUAAUAAAAAUGAGUUGUUGUGUGUCCCUUAAUUUUCUAAUUGCACCACAAAAAAAAAGAAAAAUUAAGGGCCACAAUGCUCCCUGUAAUAAAAUUAUUCUGGAGCCUUGAGCAUUUCUUCCCCAGUAAACAUUUAAGGAAUGUUUCAUACCACUUCAGAACUGCACAUUAUUGCAUGUGAAUGUUGCCGAUGAUUCUUUUUAAAGCAUUGAUGCACCAGCCUUAAACAACUGCUUCACUUGCCCGUGAAGUAAUAAUCACUCCUGAUCUGAUUGUACAUAAUGCAUAAUAGAUUGCAACAUGUGUGUGCCACGCAUUUAAAAAAAAAAAAAAAGUUGCGCUUUCCGGCUUUUUUUUUUUUCCUCCAUGCCACUGCAGGAUUCUUGGAGGGAUAAACACGCUAAUCAGGGAUUUGAUGGGCGCAUUAAAGCACUCCAGUAAACACACAUUGUUCAAGCUGGAGGCAACGUACUACACCAAUCGGAUCAGCGGGGGAUUCCAUUUUUUCAAUCACCACUCAGACCAAUGCCAAUUUAUUUCUCCAUAACAAAUAUGAUUGUGAUGCCAAAAUUGGUAGAUUGGUGUGUUUUAGUGACUCAGAUUUGUUGGACUCAUGAUAACGUGCUUUAAAAUGAAGUGUGAAAGAUGCCCUGUUCUUUGUUCUACUUUGUGUAAAAAGCUAGUCGAAAUUAGUUGAGCAGAAGAGUAUCUUAUUUAUUUUUUCACAUAGCUUUAUUUAUUAAUACUAUAGUGUUUUUUUUUUUUUUUUUUGGAUGACCUUUUGUAGCCAAAGCUGCUGUACAUUUUAGAGCAUUUACACCAAUCAGCUAUAUUCAGUAUUGCCUUUAUUUAUUUCUUUGUUCCAAACCCUGUAAAUAAGUGGAACUGUAACAAUUACUCAUUUUGAGAAAUAAAUGUGUGAAAAAAAAAGUG